AUGGUGUUUUUAUCAGCACUUCAAUAUGUUAUGUGGGUCUCUUCUUGCUACCUAUCUCUUUUAAGUUGUAUUGAAGGGAGUACCAAAUCUGUUUUUCCACCUACCCUUAUAUUUGAUGUGUGGAAUCUUAUACAGUUGUAAGACUUCUAUCAACCUUUGGCUUCCAUGAUCUCCAACUGAGGCUGGAUUCAGUCUUUGAAAAUGGAUGGAGCUUAAUUUUAGCAUUUAGAUAUCAUUCUUAAGGUUCAUAAAUAUUAUUCUGAUGGACUGGAAUUUGAAUACUCCAACAGAAUGGGACUGGAAUAUGCCGUUUUCUAGCCAAGAAAAUGUGGUAGUAGAUAAUCUUGAUUUCUCCCUCUCAGCUUCUGUAAAUUCAUCUAAAGAAACAAUCAAAACUUUGGGCGCGUUCGAUGAUUUACCAAACGAUUUCUUGGAAAACGAAGAGUCUUCUUGGUUAGGAGAGAAUGUGAGCUACUCUAACAUGGUGGAAGAAGUUUCAGUGUUAUCUGGUGAAGCAAUGAUUGGAUUAAAGAUUGGUAAACAUGCUUGCACUAGUUCUAGCAGUAAUAACAAGACGGCUACGAAAUCUGUGCCUUUGUUUCCUACAUCGGCUCCCAUGAUAAAGCGAUCUAGAUCAUCUUACCUUAGUUCACAGUCCCCGCAUUGUCAAGUCGAAGGAUGCAACCUUGACCUUUCCUCAGCCAAAGACUACCACCGUCGCCAUAGAAUUUGUUCAAAUCAUUCUAGAAGUCCUAAAGUCAUUGUAGGCGGGAUGGAACGCCGAUUUUGUCAACAAUGUAGCAGGUUCCAUGAUUUGUCAGAAUUCGAUGAUAGAAAGCGUAGCUGUCGUCGGCGCCUUUCUGCACACAAUGCAAGACGACGUAGGCCACCGUCAGAAGAGAUUCAUUUCAGCUCAACCCGGAUGUCCUCUUCAAUACGUGAUCGAAAACCACAGAUGAACUUUCUUCUAAAUAGGGGCACAAUCCCCAUUUUGGAUUCAGCCCAACCCGAACAUUCGUGCAACUUCAAAGGCAAAGAGUCCCUUGGAGGUCUUGGGAAAGGUGGAGGGAUUGAUGUCUUCCCCAUUAAUGGCACCUUAAACUUCAGUUCUGAGAGGUUCAUGCCUAGGAACACAAAUCUUAAUGGUAUGGAGCCAACUUCCAAUUCAAUCUUACCUGGAGAUGUUAACAAUGCUUUCUCUCUUCUGUCAACAAGUUCUUGGUCUUCAAGUUGGCCUGAUCAAGAACCGUUAUCCUUUGAUCAGUUUUCGUACAGAAAUAGUAUCAGUUUGGCACAGCCAGGAAUGCCAUUGGAUCUGCAAGAUACUACAAGCAACACUCAGCUUCAAGAUUUUCAAUCCUUUAGAUCACCUCAUGAGUUUGAACGCUUUUAUUCGAAUUGAAAACAAUCAGUUGUUCAUCUAAGCAGGUCCAUACUAUAUCAAACAUCUUAAGAAACUACAACCACUAGAGAAACUUUUGAACCCUGUUUAUAACUCCUUAAAGAAAUGUAAUGUAUGAAAUAAAAUUGAAGUAGUGGAUGAAAUGGGGGCUAAUCAAUGACCACUGAGGAUCCAAAAGAAGUCUUGAAGUAGAUCCAUUUAUGGGAAGAGUAGCCCUUUAAAUUAGCAAACUAACCAUGCACCAAGAUCCUAGCAGAGAAAGAAUUAAAAAGGGAAUUCAUGAUUUCUUGUUCGAACAAAGUUCAUUACUUUUUACGCGCUUUAGCAACAAGCUUUCUUAUUAUUAUUAUUUGAUUUAUCACUAUAGCUUUAUUACUAAAUAUCCUUCAUUGUAGCCUGUCUGUAUAAAGAGAGAUGGUUUUCAAUAAUUUAUACAAAUAA